CCACCCGGCCGGGGUCGGACGAGCGACGCCCCCCCGCCCGCCGGGAGCUGGGGGGGUUCGCCGGCCCCGGAGGGACGGAAGGUGUUGGCCGACGAAGCCGGAGGCGGCACCGAAACGCCGGGCUACGGAACCGGGUCCCGCGCAGAUGGGGAAUUCGUCCGCGCGUCCGCGCCGGCGGCCGGGGGAUGGGAAGGGGACGGGGUCCCUGUCGCGGCCGGGGUCCCUCCGGGCCUCCGACCCGCCGCCUCCCGGGAGGAGAGGCGCUUGGGGGGCUCCCCCCGGCCGGAUCCGGGCCCGCGUUUCCGCGUCCCGACGCCCUCCCGUCCGUCCAGGGCGUCCCCCUCCCCCGGCGGGGGCCGCGAUGGAGGAGGCGACCCCUCCCGCGGCGGCCUCGGGGCGGCUGGUCGUCGUCCACUCGGAGGUCCACCGGGACAGCGUCCUGGCCAACUUCGAGGAGCAGAGGAAGAAGGGCUUCCUCUGCGACAUCACCCUGAUCGUGGAAGACGUGCAUUUCCGGGCCCACAAGGCCCUGCUCGCCGCCAGCAGCGAGUACUUCUCCGCGACGUUCGCCGGCGAGGGCGAGGUCGGUCAGUCCAUCUACGUGCUGGAGGGGAUGCUGGCGGCCACGUUCGGGAUCCUGCUGGAGUUCAUGUACACGGGCCGCCUCCGGGCCGACGACAGAUGCACCGACCAGAUCCUGGCCGCCGCCCGGCUCCUGAAGGUGAACGAUCUAGUGGAGGCCUACCCGGACCUCCGCGGCGCCGCCGGGACCCCCGGGGCCGCCGGGGAGCCCCCGCGGCGGAAGAGGGGGAGACCGAGGAAGGAGAAGGGCGCCGGCGGGACGGGGGCGGCCGCGGCCCCCGCGCCGCCGAGGGGGGACCUCUCCGUCCGACGGCCGGGGACCCCCCGGGGGCCGGACCCCCCGGCGACGGCCGCCGCCGGGCGGGAGGAGGGCCCCGGCGACCGGGGGCCGCCCGGCCGUUGCAGCGGGCGGCGGACCCGGCGCUCGGUCAGGCUCGACGACUACAGGCUCGGCGACGACGACGAGCCGGGGGCGCCGAGGAGGGCGGCGGGGAAGAGGAGGGGCCGCGGCCCCGAGGCGCGCUGCCCGGACUGCGGCAAGGUGUUCAAGUACAACCAUUUCCUGGCCGUCCACCGGAGGAGUCACACAGGGGAGCGCCCCUUCCGCUGCAACGAGUGCGGGAAGGGCUUUGCCCAAAAGCACUCCCUCCUCGUCCACGCCCGGAUGCACACCGGAGAACGCCCGUACGCCUGUACGGUCUGCAGCAAGGCCCUGACCACGAAACAUUCCCUCUCGGAGCACAUGAGCCUGCACACCGGGCAGAAGUCGUUCACCUGCGAUCAGUGUGGCAAAUAUUACAGCCAGAAGAGACAGCUAAAGAGCCAUUACCGAGUUCAUACAGGCCACGCGCUGCCGGAAUGUAACCACUGCCAUCGAAAAUUCAUGGACGCGUCCCAGUUAAAGAAGCAUCUGAGGACGCAUACGGGCGAGAAGCCAUUCACGUGCGAGAUCUGUGGCAAUUCUUUCACGGCGAAAAGCUCCCUCCAGACUCACAUCAGAAUCCACCGAGGAGAAAAGCCAUAUACUUGUGGAAUAUGCGGGAAGUCCUUCUCCGAUUCCAGCGCUAAGAGGAGACACUGUAUAUUACACACGGGUAAGAAGCCUUUCUCCUGCCCCGAGUGCCACCUCCAGUUUUCCCGGCUAGACAACCUCAAAGCUCACUCGAAGAUCCACGUCAAAGAGAGGCGCCUCCCGGAGGCCGGCGGGAACCCCGAGGAGGCCGGGGAUGGCCUUCAGCUCCAGCAGUACCAACUGGCCGCUUCCGGAGAGCGGGAGAUUCAGCUCCUCGUGACGGACUCCGGGCGGGACCUCGGUUUCGCGCCCGGUCCCGCCGAGGGGGCUCGGGGCGGGGCGGCGGCGGCCGCCGAUCUCACCUUCCUCGCCCCGCAGCCGGAGCGGCCGCGGGACCCGAUCCCGGCGGCCCAGGCGGGGGGCCCCCGGCCCGAGGAGACGCACGUCGUCACGUUGUCCAAGGAGGCCCUCGAACAGCUCCGCGCUCACCAGACGGCGACGGAGGAGCUCCGUACGGAGGCCGCCCGCCCUCACGCGCCCUAAGCCGCGUGACCCCCACCCACCCCCGGUCACCCAGUGGCCAUCCGAAAAUCCACCGUCGGGUUUUCCCGAAGGGGGGGAGCGGGGGGGGAUCUCCCCCAUCCCGAGUGGACGAAAUCCUUUCCCGUUCACCCGCACCCGACCGAAAGCGACGAGGGGCUUCCGCUCCGGCGUCCGUCCCUCGCCCGGGACGAGAGCGCGAGCCUUUUCCCCGGUCGAAGUCGCCACUCGCUUUUAUCGUCUGCCAAACGGCUCUCACAUUAAAGGCCGCCUGGCGUACGUCA